AUGUCGGACGCCGAACAGCCCAAGAAGUCUCGCUUCAAGCGCGUCAAGACCAGCGACGACCGAUCGAAUCCAUACCUGGCGCACAUGUACAGCGACACUCACAACGGCGACAGCAACGGCGUCAACCUGAAUGGAAGUAGCAGCAAUGGCGCAUCCACCUCCACCGACCUGACCACAUGGAAGCGCAAUGCGACCACGGCGAAGAUGGCCGAGAUCGCCGAGAAUGGGCCUGCAAAUCCAUUCACCGGCCUGCCGCUGUCAGAGCGAUAUUUUGGCAUCCUGAAAACUCGCCGAGAUCUUCCCGUCCAUGCGCAGCGUCAAGAGUUCCUGCACAUGUUCCAGAAGACGCAGAUCUUGGUGUUCGUGGGGGAAACAGGUUCCGGAAAGACCACGCAGAUCCCGCAGUUCGUGCUGUAUGACGAUCUCCCACAACAGCAGGGCAAGAUGGUGGCGUGUACGCAGCCGCGUCGAGUCGCUGCUAUGAGUGUUGCCCAGCGUGUCGCGCAAGAGUUGGAUGUGAAGCUCGGUGAAGAGGUGGGUUACAGCAUUCGCUUCGAGGACAUGACUGGCCCGAAGACGGUGCUCAAGUACAUGACCGACGGUAUGCUGUUGAGAGAGGCCAUGAACGACCACGACAUGUCUCGAUAUUCGUGUAUCAUUCUCGACGAAGCCCACGAGCGAACGCUGGCAACUGACAUCUUGAUGGGUCUGCUGAAAGAGGUGGUCAAGAGACGCCCGGACUUGAAGCUGAUUAUCAUGUCUGCUACACUUGAUGCGCAGAAAUUCCAGAAAUACUUCCACAAUGCACCGCUUCUUGCCGUGCCUGGCCGAACGCAUCCAGUCGAGAUCUUCUAUACACCAGAGCCCGAGCGAGAUUAUGUGGAAGCGGCACUGCGGACAGUCUUGCAGAUUCACGCAACAGAACCAGAGGGCGACAUAUUAUUGUUCUUGACGGGAGAAGAAGAGAUCGAAGACGCAUGUCGGAAGAUCAGCAUGGAAGGAGACGAGAUGAUACGAGAAGCAGGAGCUGGACCGCUGAAGGUCUACCCUCUCUACGGUACCCUACCACCAGCGCAGCAGCAGAAGAUCUUCGAGCCUGCGCCUCCACCCUACACAAAAGGCGGCAAGCCUGGUCGCAAAGUCAUCGUGUCUACGAACAUCGCCGAAACAUCUCUCACCAUCGAUGGCAUUGUCUACGUCGUGGAUCCUGGCUUCAGCAAGCAGAAAGUCUACAACCCGCGAAUCCGAGUCGAAUCACUGCUCGUCUCUCCAAUCAGCAAAGCUUCCGCACAGCAGAGAGCUGGUCGUGCUGGUCGUACCCGGCCUGGAAAGUGCUUCAGACUAUACACCGAAGCCGCAUUCAAGAAGGAGCUCAUCGACCAGUCGUACCCCGAAAUCCUGCGCUCCAACUUGGCCAACACGGUCCUGGAGCUCAAGAAGCUUGGCGUUGACGAUCUGGUCCACUUCGAUCUCAUGGAUCCUCCUGCACCGGAGACUCUCAUGCGAGCUUUGGAAGAGCUAAACUACCUCGCAUGUUUGGACGACGAGGGAGAGCUCACCACUCUUGGCAAGCUGGCCUCAGAGUUCCCACUCGACCCUGCUCUUGCAGUCAUGCUCAUCUCCAGUCCUGAAUUCUACUGCUCGAAUGAAAUGCUGUCGCUCACAGCUCUCCUUUCGGUACCGCAGCUCUUCAAUCGGCCAGCUGCAGCACGUAAGCGGGCGGACGAGAUGAAAGCUCUCUUUGCACACGAGGACGGCGAUCAUCUGACUAUGCUCAACGUCUACCAUGCUUUCAAGUCUCCGGCUGCUCAAGCAAACCCCAAGCAGUGGUGUCACGACCACUUCCUCUCAUACCGAGCACUUCAGCAAGCAGAUAACGUACGACUGCAGCUAAAGCGGAUAAUGGAGCGGGAAGAAAUCGAGCUCAUGUCGACCAAAUUUGACGACAAGAACUACUACGUCAACAUCCGGAGAGCACUUUGUGCUGGCUUCUUCAUGCAAGUGGCCAAGAAAGAUACAUCGGGCAAGACAUACGUCACUGUCAAGGAUAACCAGAGCGUGCUGCUUCACCCAUCCACCGUGCUUGGCCAAGACUCCGAAUGGGUCGUCUAUAACGAGUUCGUGCUCACCAGCAAGAACUACAUUCGGACUGUGACUGCUGUCAAGCCCGAGUGGCUGCUGGAAAUUGCGCCCAACUACUACGACGUGGACAGCUUCCCGAAGGGUGAGGUCCAGACGAGUUUGCGGAGGACGCAGAACAAGCUGGCGAGACGAAGUGAGCGCGAUCGAUGAGUCGUUUGAGUAGAGCGACCUGUACACGGUAGCAUCCCACAUGGGCCUCGGAGCCAUGUUGCGAUAGAAGAAUGAAGAGCACGAGCUCUCGCCGGUGCAGCAGGCGCAGCAUCACACCCC